UCACAAGACAUCAGCGCUUCCUCUUUAUUCUCGACUGUCUCCUGCAGCAGGGAGAAUCCGUUCUGAUCACCUGAUCACAGUUUAUACAGCAGCAUUACACAUCGCUUUGAGAGAUGUUGACCCUCUUUAACCGGCUUCUGGACUGGUUCCGGUCGCUCUUCUGGAAGGAGGAGAUGGAGCUGACUCUUGUGGGACUGCAGUACUCUGGGAAAACUACUUUCGUCAACGUAAUUGCUUCUGGCCAGUUUAAUGAAGAUAUGAUCCCUACGGUCGGCUUCAACAUGAGGAAAGUGACCAAGGGCAAUGUAACAAUUAAAAUUUGGGAUAUAGGCGGGCAGCCGCGCUUCAGAAGCAUGUGGGAGAGAUAUUGUCGGGGUGUCAACGCUAUAGUCUAUAUGGUGGACGCUGCAGACCGUGAAAAAGUGGAAGCCUCAAGAAACGAGCUACACAACCUGUUAGACAAACCACAGCUGCAAGGCAUUCCUAUACUUGUCCUUGGCAACAAAAGAGACCUUCCCAGCGCGCUGGACGAGAAACAACUCAUCGAAAAGAUGAAUCUCUCAGCCAUUCAAGACAGAGAGAUUUGCUGCUACUCAAUUUCAUGCAAAGAGAAGGACAACAUUGAUAUCACAUUACAGUGGCUCAUCCAACAUUCAAAAUCCCGGAGAAGUUGAGAACAGACCCCGUCUCUUCCCGUCAGUCCAGCUCUGCCUCUGUUUUAGCUCUCGGCUCAGCCCAGCAGCCCCUCCCUGACUGUCCCAGUGGACCUGUGUCUGUUUGUCUUUAUGAGCGCUUUUCCACCAUCGCGCCGAAUCGUUCUCGUUGCUUAACCGUGCCAAUCCAUGCCAGCCGGUACGUAAAUGGUUUCAUUUUCCACCGCAGGGCUGAUAACGUAAAUCUUUAGAGUGCAUACACAAACACCUCACGCGCUGCCUUGGUAACACAAGAGACAGAGCUAUAACGCCUCUGCGCGCAUUUAUUAGCAGUUUGUAAUCGUGCCAUGUCGAACCAGGCUCACGUGUAAACAUAACUGUAACCGUUUCAGACUGUGCUUAGAAUGGUUCGGCGCGAUGGUGGAAAAGCCCUCGUCUGUCUGUCUGUCUGUCUGUCUGUCUCACACCUGCUCUCUGUUACACACAGACUCUGUAAAACAUCAGUGGGCUUCAGACAUCCCACCAGUACGGUUCUUUUUUAUAGAUCAGCCUGGUUUUGUUUUGGCUAGAUGGACUUUUAUUCACACCCAUGUCUGACGAGAGGUUGAGAAAGUAGCUACAGAUCAAAUCUCCUUGUUCACCUCUGUCUUCUUAAGACCAUCUUCUGACCAAUGCUUUAGAUAGUUUGGGGGUUUUAAUCUCUACAAGAUGUUUUGCGCUGUGUUAUGCUUGACUUAUUUUAAGCAAAUAGAAGCGUUCGAAGAAUUAAAUAUUAGUAUUAUGAAAUAUUAACGAGAAAAUCAAAACAUUUAAAAUAUGCACUUGUUUGUUUAUCUUACAACUUUGCCUAUACAGUAUCCAAGCUAACAUGUUAAAAUUCAAGAAAAAAUAUAUAGCUAAAAAUGUUUCAUUCUAUGUUCAGCACGUGUACUGGUCAUGAAGAAAUUUGUCCUACUAAGUGAAUCUACAGAGAUGAAUCGGUACUAUUCAGUGGUUAGCACCGCCUAGUAAACAGCAUUUCUCACUAUACUUUAUAAUUCACCUCUGCAAAUUACAUUCACGUAGGCCUAUUUAUCGAUAUGUCGGCCACAGUAACAGCAGCUGAGCUCUUGCAAAGCGAUUUAGAACAAACACAUAGAUGUACAUAUGCUUCAAGGGGUUUUAAGUAAAAGAGUAAUAAACAGCUUAUGGAGCACAUCAAUUUUAGCUUUAUUUAAAAAAAAAGGGGGGGGGGUGGAGAGAUCAUUUAUUGAGACGGUGGGAUCAAAAUGGCUCAUUUUGUUCCUGCAUGUUGAUCAGCAUUAUGAGUCAAUGAAGUUUAUCCUGUGUGUUGAUCUAUUGGAUCAGAUAAUGUCAUCUUAUAUUUCUAUCGUGCUGAUUCUUUAAGUUUUGUGUUUAACAUGUGAUUUAUUUCUCAAUGCCUUACUAAAAAUGGGUCACUGUAGCAUUGAAAACGUACAAGGUGGUUUGUACAAUCUGUCCAGGAGGAAGUUACAAAUGUGGAGGUCUAUUACUAACCACAAUUCGCUGUUGGAAUCAGCUCGUGUUUUUUAUGUUUUGGAACUGUGAUUAUUAAAUGCUUUGACUGUAAAUGGCCUGCUCGCUCUUCUGAGAAUUUAGUCACAGUAGUUACUAGUUUAUUUCGGUGCCAUCCGCCUUAUCCCAGCUUGCUCCCUCACUUUCAAAACAUA